AUGGAUCCGAAUCCGGUGGAUAACCGACGGCGGCCGGGAUACGAGUACCGCCAUCAGAUCGAGAUCGACGAGGGCCGCGUAAUCACGAACCGGGGAUUCUCCCUCGAAGGGCGCUGCGCGUUCGAAUUCCAGAUCGAAACCAAUUUCAUCUUAAAACCAAGAGAUUCCGGCGCCGGCGAGACCAUUCUGUGCUCCGAGACUAUCACCGAACGCAUCUUCCGCAGCGACCACGGGUACGAGCGCUUCUUUCGCUUGCUCAUCUUUCGCUCGGAACUCCGGCUGAGAGAAUACUGGAUGACGGAGGCCCAUAUCCAGGAACUGAUCCGCGAGGCGCUUGACCUGUGCAGAUCCACGGUGCUAUCGACGGCGGACAGGGGUCCACGUGUCAUCCCCGUGACCGUGAGGAUUGACGUCUGCACGGUGCAGCAGGACGGCGAGGAAUUGGGCGCUACCAUGGAUCGGGCGAUUAGGGUUGAAAAUCUGCUGCCGUUGGAUGUCAAUGGCAUUUAUAUUUAUAGGGAUAUAGGCUUUGCGCUGGAGGUUUUCGUCGUGGAAGAUAUGGUGAAGUUCAGAUUGGAGGAUGUCGAGUUGGGCUUGGGCUUGAUGAGGAGUUGCCCGAUAUGCAAGCGGGCCCCCACAUUGGGAGCCCAGUUAUCGACUCUUGCGUGUGGCCACACGUUUCAUUGCCGUUGCAUAGUUGGGUCUUUGCGUAAUAAGAACUCGUGCCCGGUCUGCAAUGUCUCCGUCUAUGAUGAAAAUCCAGAAUAA